AUGGAUCAACAAGCUCAGCGCGGCCGGUCGCCGUCGGCCGGUCAUCAACAGCGUCAUAUAAACCAAUCCCACUCCCCGUCGCCAACGCCUUAUCAGUCAAACGACACAUCCGUCGGCCUUGGCCUCACUCUGGAACAGUCUGUUCAGCCAUCCUAUGAUUCCUUCAACAACUCAGGUUUCUUGAGCCCUCAGCAAUCGCCAUCUUUCCCGCCUCCUGCGCAGCAGCAGCAGACUUCGUUUGCUCAGACCAACCUCUCCGACCCCGCCGUUCUCGACCCCAAUAACACCGCCUCUUUUGGCCAGCAGCCAACCGGCUCCGACACUUCGCUGCCCUUCAACAGCCAGGCGCAGACCGCAUACUUGUCGCCUAACCUCAACGACGACUUUUCUCUUUUCCCGACUACCAGUGGUCAGGGCGACCAAUUCAACGCCCCCUUGUUCGACCAGACCACGCUCAACCCUAGCGACAUGAACAAUAUGGCGUCCCCGCAGGGCCACCACUCCCCGACCCCUCCUCACCUCUUCCAGCCGGACGGUCAACAGCCUGGUUCGGCUCAUCAGUCGCCCGCCUUCAACCAGCACCAGUUCUCCUCCCCGCCUAGCCACUCGCGACAUGCGUCUCUUGGCCCCGCGGACGCUUUACUCCCAAACCAGAUGGCCGAUUGGAGCCAGCCUCAGUUCCAGGGCCACCGCCGCACCCCCUCCGAGUACUCGGACGUGUCGUCCGUUGCGCCGUCGCCGAAUCUCGUCAGCGCCGAUGACUUCGACACCGGCGUAGGUGGGCAUUCGCCUGCUCAUCGCCCUUCGGACGGCAGCCUUUACCAAGAGGUAUUGGGAAUUGGGAACUUCAGCAUUUCAGACCCCCAGGUCGGCAGCCCUGGGCACCAGGGCAGAAGCCCGUCGCAUAGUCCUGCGAUUAGUCCUCGCAUUGUCCCACAGCAGAUGCCCGACCUUAACCAGCCUGCUUUUGGUCUGGCACAUCCUACCAACGCAUACGGUGCUCCAACCACAUACCCCGAACUCCAAGGGGCUGUCGAGGCCUUCCCAAGCCUCCAAGCACCGGGCCAUGAUUUGUCGUCGCAGAUGGCACCUCCUGCUAUCAAUAUUGACUUUGCUCCUAAUAACAUGAAGCAAGGCGGCUUUGAUACGCCCAAAUCGCGUAUGGAUCAGGACUCUUUGACUCCUCCAGACCGAGGCCGCCCCAGAUCUCGUCCUCGUGCGGUUACGGACCCAUUCCACCCUGGCGGCAUGAUGCUCAAUCGCCCUGGCAAUGCCGCCAGCCUUUCUCCAUCAUUGGGCUCUGAUUUGUCUUCGCGGUCAGACUCUAGGUCAUUGUCGCCCCUCGACAGACAAGCCGGCACGUCGCCUUCUCGGAGAAGGCAGUCGACUUCGGCAGUUCCCAAUAAUGUUAUUGCGCUGCGCCUGGCCGACCCCGAGUACCAGAACAACCAGGACAGUGGCGCGGCCAAGCGCGUUCAAAAGCAUCCUGCCACAUUCCAGUGCACUCUCUGCCCCAAGCGAUUCACUCGCGCCUAUAACCUGCGCUCGCACUUGCGAACACACACUGAUGAGCGACCAUUUGUGUGUACCGUCUGCGGCAAAGCUUUUGCCCGACAGCACGAUCGCAAGCGACACGAGAGUCUGCACUCGGGCGAGAAGAAGUUUGUAUGCAAGGGUGAUCUCAAGGUUGGAGGCCAGUGGGGUUGUGGCAGGAGGUUCGCCCGUGCGGAUGCUCUUGGCCGGCAUUUCCGAUCUGAGGCGGGCCGCAUCUGCAUCAAGCCUCUACUGGAUGAGGAAAUGAUGGAGCGGCAACGACUUUGGCAAGAGCAGCGUAUGCAACAGAACAUUGCUCAAAACAUGGUGGUUGCAUCCAACAUGGGUAUGGAACCCCCUGUUUAUCCCAUGGAUUCUGGUGGCAACCCAAUGCUCCCGGCAGCUCUCCUUGCCCAGUAUCCAGCUCUGGCACAGAUGAACUGGGGUGGCUCUGAUGUGAGCGGCGGUAUGGAUGAUGAUGUGAGUGGCCGUUCAUCAUUCGAUGCUAGCGACUAUGAUGAGAAUGAAGACGGUGGCUAUGUCAGCGGCCCCGGAACAGGCUUUGGUGAAGGAGGAAUGAACCAGGGCUUUGGUGAGAUGGGAUACGCGAGUGAUUUCGGCGGUCGAUAA